AUGUCGUGCGCCGUUUCCGUGCGGCAAUUCAGCAUACGAGUCACCUCUGACGACCCGAAGAAAAAGGAAGAUCCCCAGAAAGAUGAAUCAAAAGUAGACGAAUCAAAGCUACAGAAGGACGAUGCCAAUGGCGAGGGCGAGGAGCUAUCAGAGGAGGACUUGCAGCUCAAGACUGAGCUUGAAAUGCUUGUUGAACGCUUGAAGGAACCCAAUACGGAGCUGUAUAAGCCGGCUCUCGAGACACUUCGGACGCUGAUCAGAACUUCUACAUCUUCUAUGACCUCUGUACCAAAACCAUUGAAAUUUCUGCGUCCUCAUUACCCCGAUCUUCAAGUUCUCUACGAAACAUGGCCGUCAUCAGAAGAGAAGAGUCUUUUUGCAGACAUCCUCUCAGUCCUUGCGAUGACAUACUCUGACACUCAGCCCCGUGGUACCCUCCGCUAUCGACUGCUCGCCGCUUCACUUCGCCCCGCAUCCACUCCACUAUCAGAUCCAGGUUCUUGGGGUCACGAAUACGUUCGACAUCUCGCCGCAGAACUCGGGGAGGAGUUCACGCUUCGGGAAGAAGAGGAAGACCUGUCCACCGAGGCGAAGCCAGUGUCUACAACAGGCACGAUCGAUGAUCUUCGAGCGCUAGCGAAAGAAUGCGCGACGUUCUUAUUGACUCAUAACGCUGAGCCCGAUGCUGUAGACUUGCUUCAAGAAAUGGAGAUUGUGGAAGAGCUGGCGAACCUCGUAGACGAAAAUACAUAUGGUCGUGUCUGUCAAUAUAUGAUCAGAUGUGUAAAUCUCCUCCCCCCUCCCGAUGACGUCUCGUUCCUGCGUACUGCUCAUCAAAUUUACGUGCGGUUCAAGAAGUUCCCCGAAGCACUCUCUUUGUCGAUACGCAUCGGCGACAAAGACCUAGUCCGCGAAGACUUCAAUGCCCCUGGAAACCCAUUAAUGAAACGACAACUCGCCUUCUUGCUUGCACGAGCUCAGGUUCCUAUCGAAUGGCUUAAGCCGCCGUCAGAGGACGAAGAUGCAGAAAGCGACUUCCAGGACGAGUUACCCGAGGACCUUGCUGAGUGCUUAACAAACGCCAAGUUGAGCACGCACUUCCGGGACUUCGGUAAGGAGCUUGGUGUCUCUGAUCCCAAGAGCCUUGAAGACAUAUACAAAUCGCACCUCGACAAUACCAGGGCUGGUGGUACUGUUCAUAUCGACUCAGCGCGGGGUAAUCUCGCCGGUACCUUCGUGAACGCCUUUGUGAACGCCGGUUUCGGUAACGAUAAGUUGAUGGUGGAGGCCGAGGAAGGCAACAGCUGGAUAUACAAAAACAAGGACCACGGGAUGAUGAGCGCCUCCGCAUCUCUUGGUCUGAGUUUGCUGUGGGACACGGAGAUUGGUCUUAGUCACGUAGAUAAGUAUACCUACUCGGCUGAAGAGCACAUCAAGGCUGGCGCCCUUCUAGCAACAGGCAUCCUUCAUACUGGUGUACGUAGUGAGGCCGACGCCGCCCUCGCGCUCCUCGGCGAUUACGUUGAGAACAAGGCCGUUUCGUUGAAGACCAGUGCCAUCAUCGGUCUUGGGCUUGCUUAUGUUGGCUCGCAUCGGGAGGAACUACUAUCUCUUCUUCUCCCUCAAGUCGCAGAUGACUCCGUGUCCAUGGAAAUAGCUAGUCUGGCCGCCCUCUCUCUAGGUUUCAUCUUUGUUGGUAGCGAACACGGUGACGUAGCCAGCACGAUUCUGCAGACAUUAAUGGAGCGAGAUGAGAAGGCACUCGAUGAGAAGUGGUCGCGGUUCAUGGUCCUUGGUCUCGCACUUCUCUACCUCGGCAAGCAGGAUGCUUCGGAUGCUACCAUCGAGACGCUGAAAGCGAUCGAACAUCCUGUGUCUAAAACUGCGCAAAUCCUCGUAGAAGCAUGUGCAUUCGCAGCAACUGGGAACGUCCUCAAAGUACAAGCGAUGCUCCACCACUGCGACGAGCACCUGAAUACUGGCAAGGAGAAGAAGGACGACAAGGACGACAAGGAGAAGGCCGAAGAGAAUAAGGAUGCUGAGAAGGAAGAGAAGGAAGAGGAUAAGAAGCAAGACGAUACCUUCCAGGCAUUCGCAGUGAUAGCGAUUGCUAUGAUUGCAAUGGGUGAAGACAUCGGUGCUGAGAUGUCACUACGGCAAUUCAACCACCUCAUGCACUACGGCGAGCCUGUUAUCCGUAAAUCAGUUCCACUCGCCAUCGGACUAGUCAGCGCCUCAAACCCUCAACUACCCAUCCUGGAUACUUUGUCGAAAUACUCGCACGACAGCGAUUUGCAAGUCGCCAUCAAUGCUGUAUUUGCUAUGGGUUUGGUCGGUGCCGGCACCAACAACGCCCGGCUCGCACAAAUGCUUCGGCAGUUAGCUGGGUAUUACUACAAGGAACCCGAUUGCCUAUUCAUGGUGCGGAUUGCUCAAGGCCUGAUACACAUGGGCAAAGGUACUAUCGGCGUCAAUCCAUUCUUCUGCGACCGCAAUAUCAUGAGCCCCUCUGCUGUCGCCGGAUUAUUGGCAACAUUAACCGCAUUUACCGACUCAAAAGCCUUCGUCCUCGACAAGUAUCAUUGGAUGCUCUAUUUCAUUUCCACGGCUAUGUAUCCACGGUUCCUGAUCACACUGGACGAGGAAUUGAACAAUCUCCCUGUGACUGUCCGUGUGGGUCAGGCACUCGACGUCGUUGGCCAAGCCGGCAAACCACGUACGAUAUCGGGCUUCCAGACCCAUCAGACCCCUGUACGACUAGGAACAACGGAACGAGCAGAACUAGCUACGGAAGAGUAUAUACCGUUUGCUCACGUCCUGGAAGGAUUUGUCAUACUGCAGAAAAAUCCUGGAUGGGAGAAGGAGGAUAAGAUGGAGUUGUGA